CAGCGCGGAGUGGAGCGGCGGGGCCGCCUCCUCCCCGUCUCUUUCGUGCUCCUCGUCUUCCUUAGUGGCGGCGGAGCGCGGCUUUCCCCCGCACCUUCUUCCCUCCGCCAAGGCGAUGGCCGAGCUGAAGUCGCUGGGCAGCGAGGCGUACCUGGCGCUGGCCCCGGGCUACGGCCCGUCGGCUUUCGCUUACGGAGCCGUGCGCGGCGGCGCUGAGGGCUCGCGGGGGACCUACCCGGGGGGCGGCGGUGCUGAUUUUCACCCCGGUGCUCUGGGCAAGUCGGCGGAGAGUAGCGGCGAGCAGAGCGGCGACGAGGAGGACGGCUUCGAGGCCGGGGUGAAGAGCGGCUCGGGCUUCGAGCGAGAGGGCAAGCUGAAGGGGGGAGCCCUGGGCAAGAAGCCGAAGGAACAGCGCUCGCUGCGCCUCAGCAUCAACGCGCGGGAGCGGCGGAGGAUGCACGACCUGAACGACGCCCUGGACGGGCUCCGCUCCGUCAUCCCCUACGCCCACAGUCCCUCGGUGAGGAAACUCUCCAAAAUCGCCACCCUGCUCCUGGCCAAGAACUACAUCCUCAUGCAGGCGCAGGCCCUGGAGGAGAUGCGGCGGUUGGUGGCCUAUCUGAACCAGGGCCAGACGCUGAGCACCCCGCUGCCUGCCACCCUCAACCCCUUCGGACAGUCGGCCGUGUACCCCUUCGGCGGCGCGGCCUUGCCUGGCUGCCCUGAGAAAUGCACUGCCUUCACAGGAGCCGCCUCUGCCCUCUGCAAACACUGUAAUGACAAGCCUUGACUUCUGGCUUCUUCGAGCUUUUUGGGGUUUAUUUCAUUUGGUUUUCUUUUCUCUUUUUUUUUUUCAUUUUUUGUUCUUCUGUGCACUUUUCUUUCCACCACCAUCAGCCCUGGCUUCCUACCAUCAGUUAAGUCUGGGUUUUCUUUUUGUUUGUACCCCUCCUCCCUGCCACCCCCUUUGGAAAUACUUGGCAGUUUAUGUGGACCCCUCCAAAAUCACCCUCGUUCAAAUUUUCAGUUACUCCCUUACAUGCAGCUUCAUCUGUAGAGUUAUUUCCUUCCCAGCCUCUUGGUAGACUGUCAGCAUAACGUUGCUUUUCUGCUUGUUCUGAUCUGCAAAGUUUUCGAGCAGUUCUUAAACUAAAUCAUAGGAAAAACAGAGAGGAGGGAGAGAGAGAGAGAUCUGGAAAAGGAAGCCUCCGUGAGUUUUCUUUGGUGUGAUCGACCUGGGUUAAAAACAGCUUAGAAAGAGGGAGGGGAAGAAAGAUCCAGCUGCAAAUUAUGCCAUAUUUCAGAACUGUGAGGAGAAUCUCUCUUGUAGCCAGCUGGGGUUGGACUGCACCUACAAAUUCCAGUGAAAAUGCUAUUUGGUCAGUUCAUGGGAGGGGAAGUUUGGUGCUCUUGGUUAGACAAAAGAUGCUUCCAAGUAAGAUGGUUUUGGUUGUUUUUUUUUUUCCCUAGAAAAAGAAAUUAGCUCAUUCUUGAACUGAGAGGAACCUGUGAUUGUAUGCUAAUGCUUGCUUUUUGCCUGUUUCUCAAGCUUCUCAGCUCGGUUUAAGUUUCUCAGAUGAUUUUUCCAAAGUCGUUGAUGAUAAAGCAAAAAAAAAGUCACUUAACAUAUUUAUAUGUAUUUAUAAUAAAUAAAAUACAUGAAUAACCA